CGAGGAAGAAAGUCGCCAUAAACUCCAAGUGGGCUUUAUAACGACGCGUAGAUUAUUUUCCCUGGGUAAUAUGAGGAGGAUAUCAGCCUUUGUUACGGUAACAUUAGCCGUGUUUUGCGCCGAGAAAGUCUGUCAACAAGCAUUGGCUUGUGCUCCGUCCUUUAUCAACAGUGACUUCAGAUCAAGAAACCAUGGAUACAUGGAGAAGUAUUUCACCCAGACUUUGGAUCACUUCAACUUUAACAGCAUGGGAAAUGGGACGUUUAAACAGCGUUACCUGAUCACAGAUAAAUACUGGAAAAAAAGCUACGGGCCUAUUUUCUUCUACACAGGCAAUGAGGGAGAUAUCUGGGAAUUUGCUCUCAAUUCUGGAUUCAUCACUGAGUUAGCUGCCCAGCAACAAGCACUCGUUAUAUUUGCUGAACAUCGGUACUAUGGAAGAUCUCUGCCCUUUGGCAACGACUCUUUCAGCAUCCCUCAGAUCAGCUUGCUGACUGUGGAGCAGGCUCUUGCUGACUACAGUGUGAUGAUCACUGAGCUGAAGCAGCAGCUCAUAGCCACAGACUGUCCUGUUAUCGUGUUUGGUGGCAGUUAUGGUGGAAUGCUGUCUGUCUACAUGAGACUCAAGUAUCCCAGUAUUGUGGCUGGUGCUCUAGCUGCUAGUGCCCCUAUCCUGUCCACCGCUGGCCUUGGAGACUCCAGUCAGUUUUUCAGAGAUGUUACAGCUGAUUUUGAGAGUAUUAACCCCAAAUGUAGAAGUGCUGUGAUGGCAGCUUUCCAUCAGCUAAAGGAAUUAGCUGUACUCCAAGAUUACAGUCGCAUCCAGUCAGUGUUUGCUCUUUGUCAGACACCUUCCUCUGCUCAGGAUGUCCGUCAGCUGAAUGGCCUGCUGAGGAAUGCUUUCACUCUAAUGGCCAUGCUGGACUACCCCUACAGCACCCAGUUCAUGGGCAGCAUGCCAGCAAACCCUGUCAAAGUGGCUUGUAAAACCAUGCUGAAUGGAUUUAACCUGCUCGCCAACCUUAGGAUGACUGCAGGGAUUGUGUACAAUGCAACUGGGCAGCUGAAGUGCUUUGACCAGUACAGUCUCUACGUGGAGUGUGCAGAUCCCACUGGAUGUGGACUAGGCUUUAAUAGCAUGGCCUGGGACUACCAGGCAUGCACAGAAAUCAAUCUGUGCUAUGAGAGCAACAAUGUAACGGAUAUGUUUCCUCCAAUGCCUUUCACUGAGAGGGAUCGUGAGCUGUAUUGCUCCAAGCGCUGGGCUGUGAUUCCACGACCGGACUGGCUCAAAAUCCAAUUCUGGGGUGAUGAACUCUCCACAGCGAGUAACAUAAUUUUCUCUAAUGGAGAUCUGGACCCUUGGGCAAAUGGAGGGGUACGCAAGUCCCUGACGUCUUCGCUGGUCGCUAUCAACAUUCAUGGGGGAGCUCAUCACCUGGACCUGAGAGGAUCUAAUGAAGCUGAUCCAGCGUCAGUCAUCAACGCUAGGAGGACAGAAGCAGACCUCAUAUCACACUGGGUGGAGAAGGAGAGGGCAGCGUUAACAGUUCUCUUGUAACAGACAGUGAAUGAACAUCAAUUCGUAUAAUGACUGUUCUGAUUUAAAACAUAGAUAAUCAUUUAUAAAUAAAUGGCAGUAGUUGUUCUAUGUUGAUUUGAACAAAAACAAACCUAUAGACCUGCUUGAAACAAUUAAAAAAGGGAAAAAAUGUAGAGAAUGUGAAUUGUAUCAUUUGAAAGUAUUAUUAAGUAAUUUUUUUUGCAGUUAGUAAAAAGGGUUGAAUUGAAACAUAGUUUGAAGCAGGUGACAGGUUGGUAGUAGAGUAGAAGCAUAAACUGUCUAUACUUUACGACCAGGCUUAAAACCUUAAACUUGAACCGAUAUUUAGAGAUGCUUCAGGUUACAAUAAUACUACUACUAAUACUACUCAGUUAGUGGUCCAACCGUCCUGUCUGUGUGUGUACAGUAUUGAUGUUCUUUUCUCUCUUCUGUAUAUUUCACUCCAACCAGUCAAGGCAGAUACUGUAUUCGGAAUUGAAUACAUGACUCAAAUCACAGAAACCAAA